AAGAAAAAUGGAAGCGGCAGUGUUCAUUCUGUCACUUGUGGACUGUUGUGCACUUAUUUUCCUCUCGGUGUACUUUAUUAUCACACUGUCGGAUCUAGAAUGUGACUACAUCAACGCCAGAGCCUGCUGCUCCAAGCUAAACAAAUGGGUGAUUCCAGAGAUGGUGGGCCAGUGUCUCUCCACCAUGCUGAUGUUGGUCUCCAUGCACUGGUUCAUCUUCCUCCUCAACCUGCCAGUAGCAGCCUGGAACAUUUAUAGGUAUGUGAAGGUUCCGAUGGGAAACAUGGGCGUGUUUGACCCCACUGAGAUCCACAACAGAGGUCAGCUCAAGUCCCACAUGAAGGAGGCCAUGAUUAAACUGGGUUACCACCUGCUCUGCUUCUUCAUUUAUUUGUAUAGCAUGAUCCUGGCUCUGAUCAAUGACUGAAGCUCCAGCCAGCUGCCACAUUCCAGACUCCAGGCUUCGCUGUUUCCCCUCACACCUCGCUCCUGCACUGUAUGCAUAAAGUCUCCCAGAACAGCAGAGACGAGAUGUUUAACUUUCACUGUGGUCUGACUGAGGUUCGCUCUGUUAUUUGUGUGGUCAGAAUCCCACAGUUUAGACUUUUAUACAAUAAUAAGGUUAAUAUUUAACCAUUUUACACUUCAGUACCAUCAUGACAGAAUCUCCUAAACAACCCCCGUGUUUUAUUGUCAAGGGAAUGAGUAAUGAGUUAUUACAAUGAUCCCAGUAUCAACAUAGCAGAUCGAAAGAGUAAAAAAAAUUCUGUAUUACCCAGCACAACCUCUAAAUGAAUAUAAGGUGGAAUUCUUCGAUUUUUUUUCUUCUAACACAGCCAAGUUGGGAAAAAUACCAAUAGUGCUUUCAACUUCAAAACACAUUAUGUGUUGUUGUGCCACUUUCGCCUUUUGUUUAGCAGCUAAAAAUGAUUGCAUGCCAUUUGUAAAAGUCCGUAAGGCAUUUGGUAUCAGAGUUUUCAGCCUCUGUACAACCACAGAGGCUGAAAACUGUUGCAGUACAUGGUUGGUCACAGCAGCAGUGAACACACUGAAGCUGCAAACGCUGCUUCCUGUGUUGAGCUGACAGAGUGGAACCUGCUGCAGUCUUCUGCUGCUGUAGCUUACUGCACUGUGAGAUGCUCCUCUGCAUAGCAAUGUUGUAAUGCUGUGUUAUUGAUUUACUGUUGCCUUCCUGUCAGCUUGAACCAGUCCGGCCAGUCUCCUCUGACCUCUCCCAUUAACAAGUGUUUUUGCCGACAGAACUGCAGCUCACUGGAAGUUUUCUGUUCACACCAUCAACUCUAAAUGCUCUUGACUGUUGUGGUGAAGUUCAAGCUCAGCAGAUACUCAGAGCAUCCCCCCGGCACCAAAAUUCAUUCUAAAGUCCCUUAGAUCACAGCUCAACCUCUGCACCAUGUCUGCAUGCUUUCAAGCAUUGACUUGCUGCCACAUGAUUGGCUGAUUAGAUAUGUGCAUGAACACCAAAUGCAAAGAAUAGCAAAGAAAUGACCUGCCUUAAGGGCUGAUCACGCCGAGUCACGUCACUAGAAAAGCAGCACCAUUGUUUCCCUAUGGUACGGCGUAAGACCAGUGACACUGAUUAGGGCCAUUUCUUCAUCCGAGGGAACGCAAAACACAUUGCAUGACAUGAAGCAGUUGUGCAUCACUUCCUGCUCAGGAUACAGAGUUCAGCUGUGUGUCUGUCAGCUGUGAACUAACAUGCAGCUCCAGAUGUGGCUCCUUCAGUUGAUGAGUCUGUCAGGUGGACAGUGUGGGACGUGGUGUGCUGUAGUUUUAGCUGUUUGACUGAGCUUCUUAAUAGAUGAAGCAGACUGAGGGGACUGACACUGUCUACUGAUCUGCUGUCACCUGGAACUCUGCCAAGCGAGUGACACCAUCACUCCAGAUGCUCCUUAUCAGUGACCGCUCAGCUCACUCAGUGUGUUGAGUGGGGGCCAGUCAGAGCUCUCUGAUUGGCUGUUCAGUCAUCAGUUUUCCCCUUUUUUCCACUUGUGCCUUUUCUUGUUUCUCCUUGUUGCCAUUGGUGAUUUGCUUUCUUUAGCUUUUUUAAUACUGAGAGAAUAAGUCCACAGCAAAGAGGCAGAAAUAGCAAGAAGACUGAAGAUCAGUUUACUGUAGCCAAAUUCUUUCCAAACUCCAAUGCACUUGUUUGGAACAGGGGGCGCCCCCUAUAGAGCAACUUUAAAAUGAUUUUAUAAACAUGAGUUGCUCUGAAACAUAUCCUGGGGGCAACAAUCAAUCAUCUGAAGGAUUUGGGUCAUGCCACGGCCUUUUUUUAAAAAAAAUUGUAUUGCCCUUGGGUGGUCUUUUUGAAUAAAACUUUCAGGUUUUUUUCAGGUACUUAUGUGGACAUUUCCUACAAGUUUCAUGACGAUUGGCUCCAUGGAUAUGAAUUUAGGUUCAUUGAUGUGCUGAACCACAUCCCCUCCAAACUUCAUUGGUUAGUUUCUUCAAAAUGCAAUAAAAUAUUCAGUCUGUUUGAUGUAGUCUCUGUGCUUCUAUGUUCCUGCCUGCUUGCUUGCUCUCUGUCUAGUCCCAUCCUGCCAUUGCUCCUUUAUUUUUCUCGCAGUAGACAUUUUAUUUGGUCAAAGUAUGAAAAGUUUUCAAAGUGAAAUGUUGAACUCGGAGGUUUGUGAUGGUACUGAAGUGUGUUGAAAACUCUGUUACUGUGCAGCAGUUAUCACCAGCUGCUGGAUCACUGAGCCUCUGAGUCACUUUAUGCAAACAGGACCUGCCAACACAGCACACCCCAUCCCUCAUCACCAACCGCAGCUCAGCACACACACACACACACACACACAGUAAUAUGCAGUCAUAUUUGCAACAGUCCUCUGUGUGUCUGGGCUUGUCUUGUGCUGGACGGGUGUCCCCUCACAGAGCUGUAUGUCUGAGCCCUGGGGUCAAAGUGUUUUACCAUUUAAAGAAAAGAAAUGAUAAUCUAAUUACUGCUUUGUUGUAUUAUUACUGUAUGAGUGGCAGUUUCAAUUUGAACAAUUCCAUUUGACUUUGGUCAUGCACUGAUGUUGUGUUUACUGAACGCCCUCUGCACUCUGUUUAAAGUCUGACCUUUCCUGUUUGAAAGUGCUCUCCAUCAGCAGGUCUGAGCUCCUCAGCGGGGCGACAGAUGUGUGCGUGCACUCCUCUUCCUUUGUGUUAAGACAGAGUUCAUUCAUACCUGCUCUGUGUUAUGAAAGGCCUUCUGGGUAAGCCGCAUGUGUGCAGGUAUUCUGGAGCCAAUUCUCUCUGCAGUGGGGGUGAACAUAGCACUGAACAAAUUCAUGUCUGAUUCACACUAAACUGUCUGAUGCCGUGUCCUUUUUGGGGGGAAAUGUGGUGUUUCAUAAAUAAAAAUGAAAGACAA